AUGACGGCGGUAGUGGCUUUGGAACUGGUGUGCUACAAGGUUGACAUCGCCGCACUCAGUGAGACCCGGUCCUCCGAAAAAGGCCAUUGGAAGAGGUUGGUGCUGACUACACCUUCUUCUUGAACGGUCGCCACAAGGCAGAACAACGUAACUCGGGCAUCGCCUUUGCCAUCCGGGACGACAUCGCGGGACGACUGGCCUGUCUGACGCAAGGCAUCAGCGAUCGCCUAAUGAGCCUGCUUCUUCGGAGAUGCAAAUUCUUCACUAUCGUCAGCGCUUAUGCCCUAACAAUGACCGACUCAGACGAGGCGAAGCCCAAGUUCUACGAGGACCUGUACGCCCUUCUGGCGUCUGUACCGAAGGCGGAUCAUCUGAUUGUCCUUGGUGACUUCAGUGCACGCCUCGAGACGAUGUGCUGCCUGAAAGGGAGUGCUGGGUCCUCACAUAACCGCCGGUUGCAACGGCAAUGACCCCUCCUGCUGCGGACCUGCGCCGAACACGGACUCAUUCUGACCAACACCUUCAGCCUACCGACUCGGAUGGCUUGCAAUGCCAAGGAGAUCUAGGGAUAUGCCGACUGCAACUAAUCCUAAAACUUCUUUAUUGCGACCAGGACGACCUACGACCUCCAACGAAAUAAAUCGCGCCAACUCCAAUGGAUCAACGCUUUUGCGGAAAAGUCGAAGAUUCUGAAGCGUUGGGCUGAGCACUUCAGAAGCGUCCCCAGCUGUCCCCUCACAAUCUCCGACGCCACCACUGGCCGGUUCUCUCAAGAGGAAAUCUACACCUACCUGGAUCUCCCACCCUCUCUCCUAGAAAUCAUUCACGUCGUGUAA